AGGAGUUGGAGAUGCUGAGAAGAAGUCACCAACUUAUCCCCCUGAUUUCUUUAGCCGUCUCAGUUCUGCAUCUGCAGCCAAAGCGAAACAUGGUUUGGUGGGAAGCAGUUCUCUCUCCGGCCCUGCAGGUGCUUUUUGACAAGCUAACGUCUGGAGAUAUCACAGAGUUUCUUCAUCGCUCAAACAUCGACGAAUUCCUCCUUGAGAAGCUAAAGAUUACAUAUUAUACAAACAUUGCUGUACUUGAUGAUGCAGAGGAAAAGCAGUAUGAUAAUCCGGCCAUCGAGACCUGGCUAGAUAUGCUUAAAGAAACGACUUAUGAAGCCGAGGACAUAUUGGAUGUGUUGGCCACAGAAGCAUUGAGAUGCAAGUUGCAAGCCGGCUCUCAAAACAUGGGGAAUCAGGUGCGCAAUUGGAACUUGGUUCAUCCUUUUAGAUCAUUUGAUGACAGCAUCAAGUCAAAGAUAACAGAAGUUGUCGAUAAAUUAGAAUACAUUGCUAAACAAAAAGAUUUGCUCGGACUAAAAGGUGAAGGUGGGAGGAAGUUUAGAAUCACUCGAAGAAUGCCAACAACUCCACUACUUGUCGAGUCUCAUGUUUUCGGUAGGGAUCAUGACAAAGAAGAGAUAAUUAGGUUACUUUUGGAGGACGACUGUGAAAGGCAAACUAGCGAGUUCUCUGUAGUCCCUGUCUUGGGGAUGGGUGGAAUUGGUAAGACUCUGCUUGCUCAAUUUGUCUUCAAUGACAGAAGGGUGGAUGAGUUUUUUGAUGUGAAAGCAUGGGCCUGUGUGUCUGAUCAAUUUGAAGUGGUCAGGGUAACCAAGGCGAUUCUUGAAUCGGCCACUCAUAAGUCAUGGGAAACCAUGAACUUGGAGCUGCUGCAGAAUAGCUUAGGAGAGAAGCUAAGCAAAAAGAAGUUUCUCAUCAUCUUAGAUGACUUAUGGGAUGACAACUGUGAGAAUUGGCAUGAUCUGAUAUUACCUUUGCUUGCUGGUGCCCGUGGGAGUAAAAUAAUGGUCACAACACGCACUGAAGCUGCUUUGUCAUCUAUGAAUGCCUGCGCUCCCUAUCGUCUCAGGGAAUUGUCAGAUGAUGCUUGUUGGUCAUUGUUUUCUCGACAUGCUUUUCCAAGUGCUGACUCGAGAACUCAUCAUCAGCUGGAAGUUAUCGGUAGAGAAAUUGGGAAAAAGUGCAGAGGUGUGCCUUUGGCUGCGAAAUCUUUGGGAAGCCUUCUUGGCUCCAAGUUAGAGAUUGACCAUUGGCAAGAGAUCUUGAAUAGCAAUCUCUGGGAUUUGCCAACCAGAAGAAACGGCAUACUUCCUGCUCUGCAGUUGAGCUAUCAUCACCUUCCUGCAAAUUUAAAGAGAUGUUUUGCAUAUUGUUCAUUAUUCCCAAAGGACUACGAAUUUGACAGAGACAAACUAGUCUUGCUAUGGAUGGCCGAAGGGUUUGUUCAGCAAGGAGAAGAUAAUAAAAGAAUGGAAGAUGUAGGUGUAGAGUACUUUAACGAUCUGUUAUCAAGAUCAUUCUUCCAGGAGUCAACUGCGGAUAAAUCACGGUACGUCAUGCAUGACCUGAUUAAUGAUUUGGCUCAGCUAGUGUCGAGAAAGAUGCGCCUAAGCUGUGACGGUAGAUUAGGGCUGCAAAAGCCAACUGGUUUUUUGGGAAAGGCUCGUCACUUCUCCUAUCCUCGUGGUAGAUAUGAUGUGUACAAGAAAUUCGAGUCCUUAAUUGAAGUCGAGUGGUUACGGACAUUCCUGGCAUUGUCUCCAUAUGAAACCGGAUUUUGCUACUUAAGCAGUAAGGUGGUCACAGAUCUUUUGCCUAGGUUGAGACGCCUGAGGGUGCUUUCUUUGAGUGGCUAUUGCAUCACUGAGCUACCCGACUUGAUUGGCGAUUUGAAAAAUCUCCGUUACCUGAACCUCUCGCACACUGCCAUUAAAUCUCUACCUCAAUCUGUAUGUACUCUAUACAACUUGCAGACAUUGAUGUUGAAUGAUUGUGAUUCCCUUGAAGAGUUGCCUACAGAUUUGACAGACCUAAUUAAUUUGCAAUAUUUCGACAUAAGUAGAAGCAGAAUACCGUGCAUGCCUUUGCAUAUGAGUAGAUUGAGAAAUCUUCGCACUCUGCCUGAAUUUCGCGUGGGCCCUACAAGCGGUUCUGACAUAGGAGAGUUGCGCGAUAUGGUGCAUCUCCAUGGAGAACUCACCUUAACGAGGUUGGAAAACGUUGAAGAUGCUUGGGAUGCAAGGAAGGCCAAUUUGACAAAUAAGAAGCAUCUGAUCACAUUGACAAUGGAAUGGAGCAGCAACUUCGAAUUACAAGACGAAAAUGUUCAGAUAACCGUCCUGGAGAUGCUACAACCUCAUUCGAAAGUAAAGAAGGUCGACAUAAGAUGGUAUGGAGGCACAAGGUUUUCAUCUUGGUUGGGGGACCCUUCCUUCUCUAACAUGGUGUUCCUCAGCCUCACAGAUUGUCGAAGAUGUGUGUUCUUACCCCCAUUGGCCCAGCUAUCUUCGCUGAAACAUCUUUGCAUCAAGGGACUGACUGCUGUGAAGAGCGUUGGCAUGGAGUUUUAUGGGUAUGCCUUAUCUCGUGGCAAGCCUUUUCCCUCGCUGGAGACUCUUAGUUUCAAAGACAUGUUGGAGUGGGAGGACUGGUCCUGUCCUCUAGAUGAUAAAGGAAUUGCAGCGUUCCCGACCCUUCGCGAGCUUUAUAUUGAGAGUUGUCAGAACCUAAGGGGAAAACUACCUGACCAUCUUCCUUGCUUGGAGAAACUUGUGAUUCAUGAAUGCAAGCAGUGGGCAUCUCCACUCCCGAGGCUACCUCUGCUCAGGCAUCUAGACAUCAGAAGAUGCGGCGCGUCAUCACUUGGAACCGCCCUCGAAAUGAGCUCACUUCUCUCCUUGCAAAUUAGUGAGAUCUCAAAUUUCACUCACUUCAACCCGGGUCUGAUGCAACAUUUGACACAGCUCAAGCGUUUAAACAUCACAGAUUGCGCUGAUCUUAACUAUUUGUGCUAAGAUGAUGU